UUUGAAGACACUUGUUAGAUCGAUAAUUUUAAUUUAAAAUAUUUUUAUUUCCGCACGCGAUUGCGAUUGGCAACACUGUGCCAUUCAGUUUAUUUAUAGCAAAAAUGAGGAGGAGGAUUAUUAUUUGUCGUAAAUAUAGAUUUGGGAAGAGGGAAGAGCUCAAAGCUCAACUAUCAACUCCGAAAAAUGUCUGUGUUUUCGAGAAUAUCAUCUCUUUCUGGAAGACCAAGGAGCUACCCAGAUAACCUUGAUAUGAUCGAACCGAACUUAUUUCUUAGCGGCGAAGCCGAAGCAAGAAACGUUGAAACACUUAAAAAAUAUAAAAUUACUCAUAUAUUGACUAUCAAUGACUUCCCUCUAACUUCCACUGUCAAAGAAGCUCUUCCACACCUUAACAUGAAAUAUAUAAGGCUUCCAGAUAUCUGCUCAUCAGAUUUGUUGUCGUAUUUCGACGAAACGUACGAAUUUAUCAGAGAGGGGAUGAUUCGCGGAGCCGUAUUGGUGCAUUGCCAAAUGGGCGUGUCCAGGAGCGCGACCGUCGUCAUAGCGUACUUGAUGAAGAAGUACAACAUAACAGCUAAAGAAGCAUUAGAAAAAGUCAAAAUGAAGCGAUGUGUUUUCCCUAAUCAGGGCUUCGUGGCACAAUUGGGUAGUUAUCGGGACAUGGGGUAUACCACGAUGAGACGGUACGAUCCCAGAUUGGCCAGAUACAUGAGAUGAGGAUAAAAUUUUAUACAAUAUUAUUGAACAUAUCACGUUUUAUGGAAAUUAAAAAAAAUCAUUCGUUGGUUAAUUAAAAAAUGGACGACAGGG